ACCUGCCCCCCGCCCGCUUGCCAGCGCUCGGGCCGGAGCUCUGGGCCGGGCGCGCCGCCGCCCUGGAGUGAGGGAAGCCCAACCGAAGGGGGUCUCCGGAGCCUGCCGCGAUGGACGCCGUCUUGGAGCCAUUCCCGGCCGACAGGCUGUUCCCCGGAUCCAGCUUCCUGGACUUGGGGGAUCUGAACGAGUCUGAUUUCCUCAACAAUGCGCACUUCCCUGAACACCUGGACCACUUUGCAGAGAACAUGGAGGACUUCUCCAAUGACCUGUUCAGCAGUUUCUUUGAUGACCCCGUGCUGGACGAGAAGAGCCCUCUACUGGACAUGGAACUGGACUCCCCCACGCCAGGCAUCCAGGCCGAGCACAGCUACUCCCUGAGCGGUGACUCGGCACCUCAGAGUCCCACUGUGCCCAUCAAGAUGGAGGACACCACCCAAGAUGUGGAACACGGAGCGUGGGUGCUGGGACACAAACUGUGCUCGGUCAUGGUGAAGCAGGAGCAGAGCCCGGAGCUGCCCGUGGACCCUCUGGCUGCCUCCUCAGCCAUGGCUGCCGCUGCCACCAUGGCCACCACCCCGCUGCUGGGCCUCAGCCCCCUGACCAGGUUGCCUGUCCCCCACCAGGCCCCGGGAGAGAUGACUCAGCUGCCAGUGAUCAAAGCAGAGCCUCAGGAGGUAAACCAGUUCCUCAAAGUGACACCUGAGGACCUGGUGCAGAUGCCUCCGACGCCCCCCAGCAGCCAUGGCAGCGACAGUGACGGCUCCCAGAGUCCCCGCUCUCUGCCCCCCUCCAGCCCCAUCCGGCCCAUGGCCCGCUCCUCCACAGCCAUCUCCACCUCCCCGCUCCUCACUGCCCCUCACAAAUUACAGGGGACGUCGGGGCCACUGCUCCUGACGGAGGAGGAAAAGCGCACCCUGAUCGCUGAGGGCUACCCCAUCCCCACAAAACUCCCCCUCACCAAAGCUGAGGAGAAGGCAUUAAAGAGGGUCCGGAGGAAAAUCAAGAACAAGAUCUCGGCCCAGGAGAGCCGCCGUAAGAAGAAGGAGUACGUGGAGUGUCUAGAAAAGAAGGUGGAGACCUUUACAUCCGAGAACAACGAACUGUGGAAGAAGGUGGAGACCCUGGAGAAUGCCAACAGGACCCUGCUCCAGCAGCUGCAGAAACUCCAGACUCUGGUCACCAACAAGAUCUCCAGACCUUACAAGAUGGCUGCCACCCAGACUGGGACCUGCCUCAUGGUGGCAGCCUUGUGCUUCGUCCUGGUGCUGGGCUCCCUCGUGCCCUGCCUCCCUGAGUUCUCCUCCGGCUCCCAGACUGUGAAGGAAGACCCCAUGGCCACUGACAGCGUCUACACUGCCAGUCAGAUGCCCUCCCGAAGCCUCCUGUUCUAUGAUGAGGGGCCAGGCUCUUGGGAGGAUGGCCGCAGCUCCCUGCUGCCCGUGGAGCCCCCGGAUGGCUGGGAGAUCAAGCCCGGGGGGCCGGCGGAGCAGCGACCCCAGGACCACCUGCAGCAUGACCACCUGGACAGCACCCACGAGACCAGCAAGUACCUGAGUGAGGCCUGGCCCAAGGACGUCGGUGGAAACAGCACCAGUCCUGACUUCUCCCACCCUAAGGAGUGGUUCCACGAGAGGGAUCUGGGCCCCAACACCACCAUCAAACUCUCCUAGGCCGUGCCAAGACCCAGGACACAGGACGUACCCUCUGGCACUCAGAAGAGGGCUUGUCUUGCUCACUCACCCGGAUCCGGCUAUUACCCCUGCCCCCUGGGGUCCGUCUCCCCCCCCAGCCCACCUUUGCCCCGGAUCUUGACUGGGGCCUCUCCUCUCCCCGCACAUUUGGACUGUCCCCGUAGGCCAACUGCUCUGUUCUCACCACCACUUCACAGCCAUCCGUCCUUCUCAGAUAAACCACUCACUGGGUUACCUUUCUCAUAACGACCAACAGGACCACUGCCUCCCUGCCCCAGCCCCACCACACACACACACACGCACACACACGCACACACACGCACACACACACACA